UGCACCCCAGGGGGAAUCGGCCAUGCCUUGGCAAAAGAGUUUCACUCCAAAGGGCUCCAUGUCAUCGCAACGGCCCGCCGGCCUGAAGUUCUCUCAGACUUGAGCGACUUGGGACUGACGACAUUGCCCCUCGAUGUUACUGACGGUGACAGUAUCGCUGUCUGCAAAGCAAGGGUCUCUGAAUUGACUGGAGGCCGCCUUGAUUUCCUGGUCAACAACGCUGGCUUGACGCAUACUGUCCCAGCAACCGACAUCAACAUGGACGAAGUUCGACAGAUUUUUGAGACAAAUGUCUUUGGCGUCAUGGCUAUGGUUCAGGCCUUUGUGCCGCUGCUGAUCCCGGCCCGCGGCCUCAUCAUCAUGAUUAGCAGUCUUUCCUCCAUCUCUCCCUAUGUCUUUGGCUCAGUCUACACGGCGACCAAAGGCGCUCUCAACUCAUACAGCCGUACCCUUCGCCAAGAGCUUCGUCCAUUUGGCGUACGUGUCAUGAUCUCUAUGACUGGGACUGUCAAGAGUCAAAUUGCCAAGCUCACCCGUGAGCUGCCGCCUGACUCGCUGUACUCUCGUGCCAAAGAGAUAUAUGCAAAGCGCCUUACAUUUUCCCAAAAUAACGCGACCGUCUCCACGGGGGAGUUUGCCCAGCAACUGGUAGCAGAGGCCCUAAAAGGAGAAGGGUGGCUUGGGGGUUGGAUCGGAGGAGCGACAAAUUGGUUCUGGGCUGGUGGCAUGGCUGGGUCAGUCUGGCUUGCUCGGCUCCUUUUCGGUGAGUGGCUUUUGGACGAAUUGGCCUACAGGAAAUUCGAUCUGCCCAAACUUGAGGCAAUCGUACGUAAGGAGAGUGCGAAGAAAGUGGACUAA